CUAAUAAUAUGUCUGAACAAAAUUGUUCCUUCUCUCUCUCUCUCUCUUCGUUUUGGGUUUGUUUUUUCAUCUAUCGUCUCCUCCAAUUCUUCCCCAAAUUCCACCCCUUUCCAUUGUUUUUCUGCCCUUGCGGUGCCUGCCUGCACUUUCGUUACUAUCCUUCGAUUUUGAACCCAGACCCGGAUUACCGUUAUACAAAAUGGUUCAGAUGAGGGAGUUUCGGGUUGUUAUGCCACUAUCUUUAGAAGAGUUUCAAAUAGCUCAAACAUAUAUGGUAAUGAAAAUGCAGCAAGAGAAUACCACAGGGACAGAAGGGGUGGAGGUUUUGGAGAACAGACCUUUCGAAGAUGAAGAUUUUGGGAAAGGUCAAUACACAUCGAAGAUUUAUAGGUUUCAAAGCAAAGCCCCUACAUGGCUGACUAGGUUUGCUCCAACUGACUCACUUGUGAUGCAAGAAGAAGCUUGGAAUGCAUUCCCAAGGUGUAAAACAGUUAUCAAGUGCCCUUAUUUCACAAGAUUUAUUCUUACCAUCGAAACCAUUCACAAAGCUGACUGCGGUGAAUCUGAAAAUGUACAUGGCCUUACUGAAGAGCAGUUAUCUCUUAGGCAGGUGGAAAUGCUUGAUAUAGCAUCGAAUGCAAAUGAUUAUUGGAGUUAUGUCAUUGGCAGUAGCAAUAUUGAUCUUUCUCAGUUCCAGUCAGCUCGAACUAAUCGUGGUCCGUUAUUGGAUGGAUGGCAGGCCAAUUGUUCUCCAGUUUCGACGGCGUACAAAUUGGUGACCAUAGAUGCUCCAUAUUGGGGAUUUGGUAGUAGACUUGAACAAGCUCUUCUUGCGGCUGAAAGAGCACUUUUCCUUGAAAGUCAUCGGAAUUGUUUUGGUUGGAUCGAUGAAUGGUUUGGGAUGACUAUGGAUAUGAUGCGUGAGCUAGAGAAGCAAAAUGAUUCUUCAUUGAACAAGAAGCUAGGCCAGGCUUGCACGGUGACAGACAAAGACGAAUUAGAUGAUAUGAGAACUAUUUCUAGUUGCUGAUCGUAAGUUUCUUUAUCCUCUUGGCAAAUGCCUGAGGAACAGUAUAAUUUAAUCUUAGUGCUAGAAGUAAGCCUUUUUGUAUUUAAUGUUGUAUAUGAUAUCUCCAAGUUUACUUUUACUAGUACGAUGCAUCGCUCUAUAUGCUGUUCGAUUUUAAACUUUAAGAGAGCAAGGUUUUUAGCAAAAUGACUUCGCCAUUUGGA